GUUUUCUUCUCAACCUCUACAAUGAAGCACAGACGGAGAUACAUGCAAGAAGAACGAGGAAGAAGGUCGAACAUCCCAUAAAGAUCUAGUCUUAAUCGGAAAAAGAGUCUUCCAAUCAUGGAUCUCCCACCGAGCAGCCGCCAUAGCGCAGAGGAGGUUGGACUCCAUUGCGAAAUGAGGACUAUCGAAAUCGACACAGACCUGAUAAAAAUGCAGAAUACUAUCCGAUCUCAACGGCUCCUUCUUUUAAGGCUCAUACUCUUGAAAAUUGAUCUUAAAAAGCAUCUUCUUGGAACGGCUUUCCUUCUCUUAGAUAAGCUUUUCUAAUUCGUGAGGAGUGGGGUGCUUUCGUGAAGACGGAGGAAGAGAAAAGGCGAUUCGCAUUGGCACAGGCCGACUUCGAUCAACUCUGCAGUCGAUUUGCUGCUUUGGAAGCCAGGGAACGUCCAGAGAUUAACCCAGUGGAACAAGGCGAUGGCGAGGAUGCGAAAAAUUGAGGUCUUCAAUGAGACCACUACGUGAGACAAACUCUAGGAACCCUAAGACAAACUCUAGGAACCCACCCCAUGUGUGAUUGUGGAGAUAUUCGUUGAUCGCAGUAAAGUCAAUAUAGUUAUAGUCCUCACAAAGCAACGACCUCCUUUGAGUAAAGAGAGAAGCUUUUGUACCUGUUGUGAAAGCAAGGGGGAUCAUUGCCGAACCACAGAAUCACCAGGUAAACUUCAGUGCCUGGCUCGUUAGGAUCCACCUAGUACAACUAGCGGAAGCGUAAACGGAUUCCCGUUCACCUCAGGGAUAUUUUUUGUCAUCUCUUACAUGAGACCUUACAAGAGUUGCAUCACGCGACUUCUCUUUCGAAUGUCGGUCCCUCGAAGUGUCAGGACACUGAUUUUUUAACCGCUACAAGAGAAGCUGUUUUUAAAGAGAAUUGACCACUAGCUACAACAACUACUGACCUGUUACGAGGAGGAGUAGACUACUCACCCAGUAGCUAGUGUACUCACAAUCUGCAACAACACCGCAACAACACAACGACAAGGACUACAAACAUAUUGAAUAUAAACAUAAUGUCUGUACCCACUGCUCCGUCCUCGGGUCUUCCUGAGUUUUCGUCGCUGCGCGCUCCUGGGUACAGCGCAGCCC